UUCCUGUUGGUAAGCACCUUAUAUUUAAACUUUGCGGUUAGAGAGAAUCAUUGCGAGUACCUAGGUACCUAAGGUACCUUACCUUAGGUAGGUAAACAAACCAGGUACCUCCAACGUAACAGACUUGUACCUAAAUAAUAAGUCUUGGCAAACCCGAUAAGAUAAAACGGUUCUCUAGCGGUUCGCGAAUCUACGCGCCAAACAUCUUCGCUUUAGCGUUGUAAUCAAUUGCAUUUUCGUUUCGUAGACAUUAUCGAAUUUAGAAGACACCACCCGCCAUCCUAUCAAACUACCCUAUGGCCGAGGAACCAUUUAUAGACGAAGAAUAUGCAUCCGAUGAAGAUUCCGAUUUUGCGCCCGAUGCGGCUCCGUUAGAUGUCGACCCCGAAGCUUCAGAAUCCGAAGAAGACGAAGUCCAACUCAUUGCGGUACCUAGCAAGAAACGUGCCGCCGUUCCCGAUACCGAUGUCGAUGCCGAUGCUAAUGAUGGAUUCGAAAAUUCCGGGGAUGAAGCGAUAAUACAGAAGGGCAAGAAGAGACAAAAGAAAGAAAAGCGGAAAGAUGGAGAUGCCAAGGAUGAUGAAGGUGGUGAAGGCGGGCUCAUCAAGACCCGGAGUAUGCGAGCAGCAGAGAAAGUCGAAAAGCAGUCGCGCUCAACCACUGGCCCUGUAACGAUUGACGUAGAUGACUUAUGGGCUAAAAUGACCGCUGCCCCCUUAAUACCCUCCAAGGCGGAUGCGGAUGCGGAUGCGGAUACGGGGAAAGAAUCCCAAAAGACGGCUCAGGAAGAGGGGGCAGAUGGACAACCUCGAGACACAAGAGACAAGGCGCAGAAAGACAGAUACGGCGGAGAAGAGCCGGCGGCGAUGAUCAAGAUAAAGCGUACCUACAACUUCGCUGGUAAGGUGCACACGGAGGAGAAGUUGGUACCUCGGGAUUCGGCGGAAGCCAAGUUAUACCUAGCAUCACAAGAUCCGAAGUCGGUCGAAGAAGUCGAAGCCGAGGACGGUAACGGUCAGCCUAGGCGGAAACCUCGAAAGGCGUUCCGGUCUAUCUUCGAGCCCGUCAUCGAGGGGCUGACGCAACGCGCGGACCUCAAUCUCGGCAUGGAUGCAAGGCUGCGACUGCGCGAGCAGGCAAAGGCCAAGAAGCUGAACGUGGUCGAAAAGAGCCGUAUGGAUUGGGCUGGAUUUGUCGACAAGGAGGGCAUCAAGGACGAGCUCGAAUUGGCUGGGAAGUCGAAAGACUCUUACGUCAACAGGCAAGACUUCUUGGCUCGCGUUGCGGCUAAUCGGGACGAGGAAGCAAGGAGAGCGAGAAUUGCUGGCCGUGUUUAAGCCGCAUCUGAUGGAGCAUACAGGAGUAUUAGGCGUAUGGCGAACGAUUCGUAAUAUCCGACGGGUUGAUAUCUUAUCCUUGGGUUUUUACGUCCAAUACAGUAUACCACUUAUUUAGCUAACGAUGCUGCUACGGCGAGUUUAUAACAAAUAGCGGAUGAUAUAAGAUACCUGAGGUAGGUAGGUUUGACAGGUGAGUCUAGGUAACGGAUUAAUAUGAACGAAGAUGCAACUAUUAUAUACCUAUACCCUGAUACCUAUACACAUCUAAUUUACGGUAAUUAAAUGCAUGUAUUAU